AUGAGCACCAGUCAGGUCUAUCCAACGCUUCCUGGAACCAUCGAUCCAGAGCAUAUGGGUACCGACGCCACAGCCGGUAUCGUUGGCAGCGAGUGGUAUGCUCCUGGCCAGUAUGCCUUUCAUGAUCCAUACAUCACUCCAUACCCGUCAUCGACAGUAGAGAGUCAACCAUGGACUCAGUAUGCCCGCGCAUCUGUACCCGACAUCCACCUCAGUCAUGGCUACGCACCUCAUCAUCCACCCCCUCAACAAUCACCGCCCAUCCAACCACCCUUCAAGGACCCAGGACGACCUCGCAGUAGCCCAAGCACCUUUGGCCCUUCAGAUAUGCCGUGGACGACGACCGGACUGGGCAUCGCAUACACCAUGUCAACAGCCGGCCAACCAACUCCCGUAACCUCAACAUUCCCACCCAACGUCUUUCAAACCUACCCCACAGACGACCACUACAGCACAAGCCCACCCGAACUCAGACAAACCCAACCGCGGAGACCUUACGCCAGCAUCGCGCCCAACCCAACAGGCCAAGGAACCAAACGCCCCCGCCGCGACGAAGACGAAGGCACCCAACAACCCGACCUCUCCUCCUCAGCUUCCAAACGGCGCAAACGCACCGCCUCGGUCGCCUCCAACGAACUCAACGAUGACGACCGCUUCCUCGUCCAACUCAAGGAAGACGAAAACCUCCCCUGGAAGGACAUCGCGAACCGCUUCCAAUCCGAGAAAGGCCGCAACUUCCAGGUCGCCGCUCUCCAGAUGCGCUACAAGCGAUUGCGGGAGAAGUUUCGGGUGUGGGAGGAUCAGGAUGUGCAGGCUCUGAGGCUGGCGCAUGAGUACUGGGAGAAGUACAAGUGGGAGAUUAUUAGUGCGAAGAUGCUCGACUACGGCAUCGGCGAACGCUGGCCGGCACGGCACUGCACGCGCAAAUGGCAAGAACUCGAAACCGGCAGCACAGCAACGACCGGCGGCGGCGGCAUCGGAACCAUCACAUCGCUCAUCACAACGACCGCACCAGGAGGCAUGGGCACGCCCGCCUCGAUCUCGCAAUUCUCAAGCCCCGUCGAGGGUCCCGUACAUUUCUCUUUCAUGCCGCCGCAGCAGCACACGCCGGGCCCUCAGCAUCCUCACCAGCAGCCAUGA